AUGACACUUAAUCUUGGAAGAAAAGACGGUGGACCCGGCUACGUCGGUAUACAAUUUUGCCAAGAAUGCAAUAACAUGCUUUACCCGCGCGAAGAUAAAAACAACAAAGUUUUGCUUUACGCGUGUAGAAAUUGUGAUUACAAGCAGCUAGCCGACUCAAACUGCGUGUACGUAAACAAAAUUAUGCACGAAGUCGACGAAUUAACACAUAUAAACCCAGAUGUAGUAAGCGACCCUACCUUACCCAGAACUAAGGAUCAUAUGUGCCCAAAAUGUAAUCAUCGUGAAGCAGUCUUCUUCCAGGGCCAGACACGACGUGCAGAAGAGGAAAUGAGACUGUACUAUGUAUGUACAAGCUGUAAACAUAGAUGGACAGAAUGA